GCAUUACAGCAGGCCGCUGUGCUGCGUAAUGGGGAUCCAGCAUCGCGUGAGAGCUCCGCGUGCAUGGGAAAAGUGAGUGAAAAAGCCGGGAUGACGGCGACGUGCUGGCUCACCGUGCCGGGAGGACACAGUAGAGCUUUUCCUCUUUCUCACCCAGACUCUUUUUGUGCGAGGCAAAGCAAAAACCGAGGUGUCCCAAGGCUGCAGAAGUAGGAUUGAAUCAUUGCCAUGUCAAAGCCUACGAGGAAAAGGAGCGCUCGUGUGUGCAGAAGAAGUGCGUCCUGCGUUCCUCCGGCUGCCGGGAGAAUUUGUGCAGGGUGUAGCCUUUAAAUUAAUUUUCCCGUCUGUCUGGGCGCAGCAGCGACGUCCUUGCCCUGCCCAUCUUCAAGCAGGAAGAAUCAAGUUUGCCUCCUGAAAACGAGAACAAAAUUCUGCCUUUCCAGUACGUGCUGUGUGCCGCCACUUCCCCUGCCGUCAAGCUCCACGACGAAACACUCACCUAUCUCAACCAAGGGCAGUCCUAUGAAAUCCGGAUGCUGGACAACAGGAAAAUUGGGGAGUUGCCAGAGAUAAAUGGGAAACUGGUAAAGAGCAUAUUCCGGGUGGUGUUUCAUGACCGACGGCUGCAGUACACAGAGCAUCAGCAGCUGGAGGGCUGGCGGUGGAACAGGCCUGGGGACAGGAUACUCGACAUAGAUAUCCCAAUGUCCGUGGGCAUCAUUGACCCUAGAGCAAACCCAACCCAGCUCAAUACAGUGGAGUUUCUAUGGGAUCCUUCAAAGAAGACUUCUGUGUUUAUCCAGGUUCACUGUAUCAGCACGGAGUUCACCAUGCGGAAGCAUGGAGGAGAGAAGGGGGUACCUUUUCGGGUCCAGAUAGACACGUUUAAGGAGAACGAGAACGGGGAGUACACGGAGCACCUGCACUCUGCCAGCUGCCAAAUCAAGGUCUUCAAGCCCAAAGGAGCUGAUCGGAAGCAGAAGACGGACAGGGAAAAGAUGGAGAAGCGGACGCCUCAUGAGAAAGAGAAAUACCAGCCUUCUUAUGAAACCACGAUACUCACAGAGUGUUCUCCCUGGCCAGAGAUAACGUACGUCAAUAACGCGCCAUCCCCUGGCUUCAACAGUUCCCACAGCAGUUUUUCCAUUGGCGAAGGCAAUGGCUCUCCAAACCAUCAGCCCGAGCCACCCCCUCCGAUCGCAGAUGUAAGUCACACCUCAGAGCUUAUGCUUGUGAACCUCUUGCCCACCAGCACACCCCAGGAGGCCCAGCAGUGGCUGCACCGAAACCGCUUCUCCACUUUUUCUCGGCUUUUCAGAAACUUCUCAGGUGCAGACUUACUGAAGCUGACCAGAGAAGACGUUAUCCAGAUCUGUGGCCCUGCAGAUGGCAUCAGGCUCUUCAACGCGUUAAAAGGACGGAUGGUGCGGCCCAGACUGACCAUCUACGUGUGUCAGGAGUCCCAGCAGCUGAGGGACCUCCAGCAGAAACACGAGGACGGGGACACAGUAACCAGUACUUUUUUUGUGUACCACGCUAUUUAUCUGGAGGAACUGACGGCGGUGGAACUGACAGAAAAGCUGGCCCAGCUCUUCAGCAUCUCUUCCCAACAGAUCAGCCAGAUUUACAAGCAAGGUCCGACGGGGAUACACGUGCUGAUCAGCGAUGAGAUGAUACAGAACUUCCAAGACGAAUCCUGUUUCGUUCUGGACACCAUGAAAGCUGAAACCAAUGAUAGCUACCACAUCAUCCUAAAAUAGGAGGGGACGGUAUGAGGAACACCCGUGAUCCUCUCAUCGCACACGAAGACCCUUCACUUCCAGCACAAGGACACGAGCAGAGAUCUGGAAACUCCUGGGCACCCUCUGGAAAGACCCCGAGCUGUUGGUCACUCGGCUGUCUUUCUUGCAGGGGGCCUCCUUGCUCUGACGGCAUCUAAACGGCCGUUGAUGGUAACGUGCUGCUUAAUUGCUGGAGCUCUGAGGCUUGAAGUUACCAGGUCGCACUCUUGUGUAGCUCUCGGUAGAAAUUUGCCAUUGGGACCCAAGACCUGCGUGAGGGCUUUUUAUGUGGCAGGUGUGCUCUGCUUUUCUGAGAGGCAUCGGCUCCCAUGACGCUCGCAGACUGGCAAGAGAACAUGAAUCAAACUGGCCCAACAAAGCCAGCUGGCCCUCGGGCACGUGCUGAGCUGAGCAGGUCUCAAAUACGCUGCGUACUGUGCUGAUGGAGUGGUAGGCUAGGGCUGGGAGGGAUUUUCUUAAAAGAUUUUGUUAAGCUUUCAUUUAAUAUUACGACGCGUCUGUUAGACAAAGGUGGUGACUUCGUUUUUCUCCUCUCCACCCACCCCGAAAAUGGCGUUGGCUGUGUUUGUGUGCGGGUGUGGUGCCAUCCUUCCCUUGCGAGUGUAAGGUCGUCAGGAACUUUAUAGACAGAUUUAGUUGUAUAAAGCCGGAGCAAAACGUGGAGUAAAGCGGAGUUGGAUAAAGAAACAGCUAACUA